GCCAUGGCGCGAGUCCCCCCAGCGGAGUAGGGUCGAAGGCUCCCGUGGCUUCACAGCCACUGCUUCCUCUCCGUCUCGCUCUAUACAUAUCCCACUCUGCGUAUCUCACUGUACUCCGCUCCAUCUUCUUGCUCUGCACUGCUCCCAGCUGGUCAGUCAAGAGAAGGAAAGAUGCCUAGCGCGGGGCUGGAGGCGGGGUCGAACAAGGUGGACGUGGCCGUCGACCUCGGGAACCCUCUCCUCAACCGCACCGUCGACGGCUUCCUCAAGAUCGGCGCCGUCGGCGCCUGCAGGGUGGUCGCCGAGGACGCCUUCGAUUGCAUCCACAGGGGGGAUAUCUCGAAGCGCCAGCUUGAAGAGACACUGAAGAAAAUGUGCAAGGAGGGUGCAUAUUGGGGUGCCGUUGCUGGGGUGUAUGUAGGCAUGGAGUAUGGAGUGGAAAGGGCCCGUGGUGACCGUGACUGGAAAAAUGCGUUGAUAGGAGGCAUUGCAACCGGCGCCCUGGUCUCUGCUGCUACCAACAACAAAGGGAACAAGAUCGCCCAGGACGCCAUCACCGGAGGCGCCAUCGCGACCGCCGUCGAGUUCAUCAACUACCUCACCUAGCCGUGAGGCCAUCGAUAUUCGCAGCGAUGUUUUUAUCGGACAAGACUGAAUAAGAACUUCUUGACUGAAGCCAUCCACCCUCUGUGUUAAUAAUUGGAGCCGUUUCCUCCAAUGUUCUUCCCUUUUUUUUUUUUGUUGCCUGCGUUCUCAUGUCCGUCCAUGUUCUGAACAAUUUAUUUAUUUUCCUGCGUGGUCUGAAUCCUUCAGUUAUGA